AUGGCAUUAUUACUAGAAUUACAAUUUUGUUUUUUAAAUCCUAAAAUUACUCUUCUAGAAAUAGAAGGAUGUUUUUCAAUUAGAUCGAUUGAUGGGUUUUAUUUACUUAUUUAAUUCAUUAUUUGUUUUGUUGUUUAAAGCAAAUAAUGGACUAAUAUACCACCUAUUUUAUUGUUAUUAGCAAAAUUAGCAAUAAUAUCACAAUAAAUUCAUAAUUAUGAUUACAAUAGUUAUUAUAAUUUGUCUAUUUCAACUUUUGUUAUUUCUUUCAUUUUUGUAUUUUUAACAAAUCAAUAUUGGAAAGAUUUAUUUCUAAUAUAAAUUUUAAUAAUAAGUCUCAUAAAAUGCAUAAGAUUACAUAAAUUAGAGACAGAAUUAUUUAAAAACAAGAAUCUAAACUAUUUUUAGUAUAAAAUAUUUAAAAAUCCAGAAUUGUAAUCAAAUUUUAAAUAUUUUUCACUUUUUUUUGAGAAAUUAUCUUAAAACAGAAUAUCUAACUAUUAAAAUUAUAUGAUAAAAGAAGGAUAAUUUGAAGAAAGGUUACUUAUUAUAAAUCAUGUCCAUAAAUUUAAGCAGAUCUAAUUAUACUUAAAUUUGAUCAAAAUUAAUUAAGAUAAACUGAAUUGGUUUUAAAAAACAAAACUUGAAGCAAAUCUUUUAAAUACUAUAUCUACCUCUAAAAAAGUAAUGACAUCUUCUUUAAAUGUUCGUUAAUUCAUUAAAGCACUUGAUGUGGAAUAAUAAAAUCUUUGGCUUUUAAUUAAUCUAAUUGAUGUAAAAAGUCAAUUUUAUAAUUGUUUGAUUAAAGAAUAAACUUUAUAUUAAUAUUUAUAAAAUUUCAAAAAGCAUUUUGAUAAAUUAAUAUAAACCCUUGAAAAAUUUAAGAAUAUUUUUGAAAGCUAAUAUGAUCUUCAAACUGGAAAAAUGAAAAAAUUAAAAUCUUUAGAUUAUAUCUCCAUUAAUAAUAUAUCUUCAUUUGAAUAUAUAUUUUAUGGUAAUUAUUUCAAAGUAAUAAAAUAAUCGGUAAUUUUAGGCAAAAUAACUUUAAAAAAAGUAGAAUGAACUAUCGGCAUUAGAUAAAAUAAUGAAUGUGAAACUAUAAAGAAGUAUUAUAUAUAAUUAGAUAUAUAAGAUGAGGCUUUCCUUGUGUCUACUAGUGGAGUAAGGAAUUCUUAUCAAAUAUUAAAUUCUAAAAAUAAGAGACUUAUGUAAGUUUUAGAAUACGAAAGAGAGCCUCAAUUGAUUAGUGAUAUUCUACCUCCAUUUUCAUAGGCUAUUUAUAAUAAUCUUGUGAAUGAAUAUUUUUAGGCUGAGUUUGAUAUAAAACAACCUUGUUCUUUAUAUUUUUUGAAAAAUGACUACUUAAUUGAGAGUGAUUUUUAUAUAAAUGUUUAAAUGGGCAAAGAUGACAUUGUGUUGUAAAAUUAUUUUGUCUUGAAAAAUUAACCUAAUCAUUUAAUUAUAUUUGAUAAUGAGGGUAAAAUUUAAGGGAUAACCUAGGACAUUUAUGUUUAUUUAACUUAGAAGUCAGACAAUUCCUUUACUAAGAAUCUGUCAGUUUCACAGUUUUUAAAAUGUGGAUUGAUUCAAUAUUAUUUGCCAGAAAUCUAUAAGUUUAUUUAAGAUUUAGCAAUCCAAAUCUCAUCUGUUACUUGCCAAUAAAUCCUAAAUAUUUAAUCAAGAUGGGAUUUUCCCAUUAAUCAUUAAAAAUGCUUAGAUUCUACUUAAGUUAUACUUCAUAUAUCUGAUGAUUAAACUCAUAAAUCAAUUAAAAAAAAGCCUUUAUAUCAUUAAGCUUGGAAAAAAUAAAAAAGUCUGAUUGUGGAAGAAAACAUUACUAUUUAAAAUGUAUUGAUAAAAUUAAUGUAAAAACAAUUAAUCUAAUAAAUACAAAAUCUUGUUGUUCCUUCUUCUAGAAUGAAAAGCGUUGAAUUUGAAGGUUCUUUAGAAUUUUUUAGAUUUAAAUAUUUGGAGAGCGAAUCAUGUUAUUUUAUUUUGAGAUUUAAACAAAUAGAAGAUUACUAAUAAGAUAAAACUCAAAAGAUACUUUAAGACUAAUAAUUUUAUUCAUCAUUAAUUAUUGAUGAACAAUAAUAUGAAGGAUUGCAAAUAGAUUAUGAAUUUAUUGAAAGAAUAAUCAAGUAGAAAACUCUGAAUAAACCUUUAAAAUACAAUAUUAUAAUACUUAUAUUCAUGAUUAUUACAACGAUUCUUGCUUUAAUUAUUAGCUAUACAGUAAAUUAUGAAUAGAUGAUCUAUUACCAAAAUUUAGUCAACUUUCUUACUACUCCUUAGUCGAUGACUUAUAAUAUAGGAGCUGGUUUUAUUUUAAUGUGGAAUCAAUAUUGUAUACAAAAUAAAUUGUAUUUUACAAGUCCUUAUUUAGAGUAGAGAAGAGAAACUUAACUAAUUGGUUUAUUUAAAUUUUGGAAUAAAAUUCAUGAAGAAUCUUCUAGGAAUCUUAGUAUGAAGAGUUUAGAAUUAGGAAUGAAUAAUAUAAGUUUAAUUACUUUUGAAAAUAACGUUAAAUAUACUAUUGAUAUAGAUUUCUAUUCAUUUUAUGCAAUAAUAAGAGAAAGUAUGGUAAGACAGUUUAAAAAUACUGAUUUUAAUAACAGUUCUACUUUUAAUCCAGGAAUUUUAUAAACAAAUGGUAUAAUAAGGUAAAAUAUGCUUUAAAUUUAUAAAUUUCAUAACUAUGUAUUAGAUGAUGUAAUAGAAUCAACAGAAAUGUCUUUUUUAUAAUUUGGAGACUAAACAUUCAUGCUUAGUCUUUAUUCUUCAGUAGUAAUAUUACUCUUUCUAGUAAUUUUUAUAAUAAUUAAUUGUUCUCUAUUAUAAAAAUAGGGUAAAAUAAUUAGAUUGCUUUAAUAUUUAAAUAUCAACAUAAUUUUUGAUUAAUUAGAAAUUUUGAAUUUCUAAAAAGAAUAAUUGUAAAAAUUAUUAAUAGUGUAAAAUAUUUAAAAAUCUAAUCCUCUUAGAUCACAAUAAAAUGAAAAGAUUCCAUUAAUUUAGAAUAAACUUAAUCCUUUAAGUAAAUUAGAUAAUUAUGAUGAGAAGUAUCAUUUAUUGAUUAUUUUAUCUUUGAUAAUUGGAGUUGAACUAAUAUUUUUCAUUUUUGGUUCAUAAAUAAUAGCUCAAUUAUAUAAUAAAGAACAUUAAGAUAGUUUAAUCUUAACAAUGAAAUAUCUUAAAUUAAAAUCAAGGUUAGAUUCAACUAUAAUAAUUGGGGAAAUUAUGAAAACUGAGCAUCUUUUGAAAAAUAAUACUUAUAUCAAUUUCAUAAAUGAAACUGAACAUAUUAUGUUCUUUUUUGAUAAUCUUGAUUAAUUAACUAAUUUAUCCAAUAGUAUAAACAAUGAACUUCUUACAGUUUAAUCCUACAACUCUUCAUUUUAAAAUAAACUUAUAGACAUCUUUAAUAAAGAUUUGUGUCUUCAUUACUCAUUUAUAUUAAGCUUUUGUAAUGUUAAGAAUAUAAAAAUUGAAUAUUAUGAAAGCGAAAACUAUUUAACCUUAAUAGAUAAGGGAAUAUUUGGAAUAGUUUAAGAUUUAGAUAAAUUAGCCAAAUAGGAUUACAAUUAUGAGUUUAUUAAUUAAAAAUAUGAAUACAAUCAAAGCCAUUCAGAUUACUUUUUGAAUCAACCAAUUCAUAAUCACUUAUUUUAAUAAUACUUUAUAGAAAUCUAAACUUGUAUUUACUUAUGUUUUCUUGAUAUUUUUGCUGAAACCAAAAUUUUAAGUGACAGAUUAUCUAGUUCUAUUCUUCUCUAUUUAAUCACAUCCUCUGUAGUGUAAUUUAUUCAAUAAUAUUUAGUUUCUUGUUAUUAACAUGGUCGAUUGCUGGAUUUUGGAUCUAUAAUCAAUUUAAGAGAUGUAAUCAAUUAAAAUUAAUUGCUACUUUAUUCCCUCCUGUUUUAUUAAAGUAGAAUAGCUUUAAUAAAUUGUUGCAUUCUAAAUUACUUUAAAUUAAGUGA